AUGGAAGAACUUGAUGGAGAUGAAGGAUUGGUGGAUUCUUAUGGAAGAAAAGCCUAAAGAGAUCUCGUUUAGUUUGUGGAGUUUAAUAAGUUUUAAGGCAGUUAAUAUGCUUUAGCUAAUGAAGUUUUGAAAGAAUUACCAGAUUAAAUUGUAGAAUAUUAUUUGUUAAAAAGGAUUUUCCCAAAUGAUUAUCAAAUUUAAGCUGGUAUUAAUUACAUGGAUUUUGUUAAAUAAAAAUAAAUAAAAGAAGAUAAAAAUGGUGAAUUUUUGGGUAUUUUUUUCUUAAUUUUUGUUGGAAUUAUUAUCUAUUGUGUAUUCUUUUAAUGA